AUGGAGCACCGCAAGACGUUGGGAAACCAUCUGCCACGCGUCCCUGCGGCCGCGCAACUCGCACGCUUCAGAACGGUGAGGGUUACUAUGCGAUUGAGGAAGUAUCGCAGCGAUAGCCAGAAGAGCAAGCAGGCGGUUGCGGAGGAGACACGAGCGAUAGUGCUCGGAGAUGGCCAGUACGUCGAAGAGCGCCGUGUCUCUCCCGUGACGACUUCAUUAGCCCUAUCCGCUCGCGAAGUGCACAUGCCCAACACGAGCGGUCUGGAUACACUACAAGCAGUACAAGUACCUCACGACAUUGCUGUCGCCAUCGAGUUAAGCCGACAGGGCACCACAUUCUAUCCCCAUUACUCCGAGGCACUCGCCAAAUGGUCUACCACGCGCUCAAAUGUACAAUCAGUAGCGGAAACGAAGAUUGACUUCUCGCCGAGAGGGCCCCUGACCACUGCUCGACGUCUGGCCCGGACAACCCUCUCGCUCCGCAUGCAGCGCGCCUCCAGCCCUAACGAAAGCUCACUGGGUGUGCUUUCGUUCGCAUCUCCGAAGCGCCCCUGCGGCGGAUUUCUUCAAGGGGGUGAUGAGCAGGAGGACAAGAUUGCUCGACAUAGCUCUUUGCUGGCCAGCCUCAGCUCUCCCGCCGCCCAGCAAUUCUAUCAGGAGCACAAGAAGUUCUUGAAAGAAGAUGGCAGCGGGCUGCACGAUCACUCGAUGGUCUACUCCCCUAGCGUCGUCGUCUUCCGUAGGGAAGGCGACGAUGAUCUUCCUCCAGAUCCCGACGUCAAUGUUUUCAGCGCAUCCCCGACUGUCAACGAAGGCAUCGGAGGCGAGUUCAUCCCGCCCUUCCUGAUCAACGUCAUCUCCGCUGUCCCCGUCAACGCCAUGGCCGUACGCGCGAAGCACACCAUACUCCCGUCGGAGCAGGAUUUCUUCGAGAAUGGCAUCCGUAGCGCGAUGAAGGAACGCAUGGCUCGCAUCCUCCAUCUGUUCGAAGAACGGGGCAAUCGUGUGCUCGUUCUCGGUGCAUUCGGCUGCGGGCCGCAGAGCCAGAACAACGUCGAGACGAUCGCAAGCAUCUGGGCGGAACUGCUUGUGUGCGGGGAUCUGGAGGGUGCGGGUGCUGUGAAGCGGGAGGCGAGGUUCAAGAACUGCUUUGAGAAGGUCAUCUUCGCCGCGCCGGGCAAGGUGCUGGAGCUGUUCAAGAAAGCGUUCAAGGCGCGGUUGUUCGAAGCGGAGGUCGCUGACGCUGCCAUGGACAAUAAUUGAAGCUAUGUAUGGUCAUUCUGUGCCGGUAGUACGCUCCAUCUUGUGUUUGUGCCUCGUGUAUUUCUACGCCCCGGGACUUGUCUUCACUGCUCGUUUUGUGGAUCCUUUGGAUACCUUUCUGGUGCCCUGCUGUACGAUUACGACCAUGUGGAUUGUAUAGUAGCAACUAGACAUGUACCUGCUUUGCGUCAUCGUCAUUCACAUGUUGCCGUGUUACCUUAUGAUCUUGGACGAGCA